UCCAGUGGCCAGAUAGAGCACGGACAUGCAGCUCGUGCGGGCGGCUUGCGCGCUCGCGGCCGCGGCUUCGGCCCUUCUCCUUAUUCUCGUCUUUCACGCGCGCUCUCUGCGAGAAGGUCAGCUGGCAGCAGGCACAUGUGAAAUAGUCACACUAGACCGAGACAGCAGUCAGCCAAGGAGGACCAUCGCACGGCAGACAGCCAGGUGUGCCUGCAGGAAAGGCCAGAUUGCCGGCACAACCAGAGCCAGCCCGGCGUGUGUAGACGCUCAUAUUGUCAGGAGCAGACAGUGGUGUGAGAUGAUGCCUUGCUUGGAUGAUGAAGGCUGUGACUUGUUAGUAAACAGAUCAGGUUGGAGAUGUGCACAGCCUGGAGGCAAAGUGAAAACUACCACAGUAAGCUACUGGCCUUUUUUUUACUGCUAAUAUCUCUCUUAUUAUUAAAAAUGAUACAUUGAUCACAAAAUUUUGGUCAUUUCCUAGGUAUCCUGACAUGGAGUUGAGGCUUCUGAGAGAAGGAGCUGGAUGCAGAUGC